AGGUUUUUAAAGGUAGAAACAAUAGUAGACACAAUCUUAGUACUGAAUAAACUUCCGUUAAUGCUCACCAUGUCAAAAUCUUUGGUCUCUCUAUCAUUAGGUAUCAUUGUGAUCCAUUUCUUUCUGGUCACUGAAGCUGGACCGAUACCGGACGCCGUGCCAGGACCAGGACCGACACCUCAACAGGGCAGUGGUGGCGGCGGAAGUGGAGGUGGCGGAAGCGGAGGUGGUGGCAGUGAUGUUAUUGACUUAAAAAUUGAUGUGAAUCCAUUAAAGAGCAUGAUGGAUUCAGCCACUAGUGGAGGCAACCAGAUGUUACAGACACUUAUGAAUCCAUUGAUGACAUUAACUAACAUGGGAAGCCAAGCUAUGUCUGGUGCUAUGAAGAUGAUGCAGGGGGGCAUGCUGGGGGCGGCGAACUCGAUGGGUUAGUGACUACGGUGUGAAGACUUUCCUUCGGGUUCUAGGUGUCCCAUAUUGAAACACUCACCAGGAGGUUCAUCUAAUUAAGUAUAGUUUAUUAUAUUUUGUACUAUUUGUUAAUAAAUUAUGUUAUUUUUGUAAUA